AUGAAUGAGAAUGAUGAUUAUACAUAUGUCCAACGACGUCUUUGUGCUGUUAUGGCAAAAUCUGAAUGGACAUCGUCUCGUAUGCGUAUGCAAAAAAGUGGUGAAGAAUUACGUGAACGUCGAGCUAAAUCACAUCAAACAGCAAAUAAAUUUUUACAAGAACUCCUUGAACAACGAACUGAUAGUGAUUUAAUUGAUGAUAAUGGUGCUGUUGAUCGUUAUCAUAAAUUUGUUAAAUAUAAAUCAGCAUUAAAUGAUGAUACAAAUAGUACAUUAGAUGAAUUUAAUCGACGUUUACGUGCUUUAAAUAAUAAUCGACGAAAUCAAACAAUAAAAUUAAAUAAUCAAAAUUUAAAUACAAUUCAAGAAAAAAAACAACAAUUAUUGAUAAACGAUUUACAAUCAACAAUUGAAGUUCAUAAUGAUAAGAAAGAUAUAAAUGUACAACAAAUACAUUAUGAAGAAUGUUCAAAGCCAUCUAGAAUAUUACCAACAAUACCUAUAACAUCAACUCCAAAUGAUACACCAAAUGAAUCAACUACUCCUAUCUUUUAUAACGAUGAAAUUCAAGAAUUAUCUAAUGCUCAAUCAACACACAUAUCAUUUAUUGAUAGUCUAGAAAAUCAUAUUGAUUCAUCUACGCAUGAACAUAAUGCAUCAUUAGUAGAAAAAGCUGAUACAAUCAAUUCUUCAACAUCAUCAUUAAAUGAUUCAAUAACACAAACUGUAGUUGCACCAAAAGCACGGCGACCAGAUGGUACUGAAAUGAUUCUUUCAUCAUCAAAAAGUCCAAUAUCAUGUAUGUCAUCUAAUAUAUCAUUACUUAACCAUGUUCAUUUUCCACGUUCAUUAACAUUACGUGGAAAAAUUCAUAUAAGUUCAGCAUCAAAACGACAAUUACCAACUCUUCCAUGUUUACAAUCAAAUGAAAAACAACAAAAUCAAUAUGAACAAUUUGAUAUAAAACAAUUAUAUGAUUUACUUGAUCAUUUAGAUAAUGAUUCUAAACAAUAUUCAAAUACAGAUUUUACUAAUAUGCUUGAUCAAUUAACAUUAUCAACUAUUAUUUAUAAUAAUCAAGAUGAAAUAAAUACUAAUUUUUCAAUAGAAAAUCUAUCAUUAAUUAAUAAUAAUAAUAAUAAUAAUGAAGAAAAUAUUCUUCCAAAUUUAUUCGAUCAAUCAUUACCACCAAAACAAGAAAAACUUUUUUAUACAACAUUAACUAUUAAUAUGAAUGAUUUAAAAAAUAUUUUUCUAUAUACAAUGACAAUAAGUACAGUACAAAUAAGUGCAUCAAUAUUAGUUCCAUAUUCAAUACUUAAUGGUCGACGACCUUUUUUACAAUGUUCAAAGCAAACACAUUUUAAACAAAUUCAUUCGAAACAACAAAAAUAUACAUGUCAAGUAACAGCUAUUGAAUCAUCAUUAAAUAUAAAACAACUUCAACAAAAUGAUAUUAUAUUAAAAAUUAACGAUCAAUCUGUAUGGGGUUUAACUACGAAUGGAAUUAUUGAUAUUUUAAAACAAUACGGCAAACAAUCUAAUAAUUGUUCUUUAACAAUAGCUCGACUAUGUCAGCCAUUUUUUUAA